GUGUUGUAGAGCCGAGAGAUCAAUUGCUGUGCCGCGUAUAAAGAGAGUGCUGACAGUGACAUGCGCCGCGAUACACAAACACACACUCUCUCCUCUUACAUACCAUCAACAGAUUGAUCGGAAAGGUCAUUCUGCUGUUGGUGUUGCUAUCGCUCAAACUAAGAUGAACGCAGCUGAUGAGGAUACUUUCACUUCGGUGAAUUGGGAUACACCUGCAGCAAAUGAACAAGCAUCCACUUCCAAUCCUUCAACGGCAACAACAACCGCAGCUUUGGCCGGAAUUGAUCCUGCAUCUCUAGCCAAAAGAGCAAGCAGAGGUGAUGAAGCCGAUGAAAAGGAAAAGCGAACACCACGUUGGGAAGGGUUCUUGAUGGUACAGGUAACCGAUCCACGUAAAGAACAAGAAGGCACAAAAGAAAUGUUUGUAAGCUAUGGUAUCCGUGCAGAAACAAACUUACGUCAUUUUCAACGUACACGAAUGACAACUCGAAGACGGUUUCAAGAUUUUGUCUUUUUACGUGAGCAUCUAUCUAAAGAUUUCCCUGCAUGUGUUGUACCGCCUUUGCCAGAUAAACACCGAUUGGAGUAUCUCACAGGAGAUCGUUUCAACAACGAGUUCCUCGAGAGAAGGACACAAGACUUACAGCUAUUCUUGGAGCGUGUAAGCCGACAUCCAACUUUACAGAGGGCGCAAUUACUACGUAGUUUCCUCGAAUCUACAGAAUGGCAAGUCGAUAUGCAUUCUCACACUUCUCAUUCCUCCAAUUUGGCACAUGGAAAUGGAGAAGGAUCUAGUGGUGGCAUCUUGGACAGCUUGACCGACACAUUCAUGACUGCCUUUUCGCGGGUACGUAAACCAGAUGAGAAGUUUGAGGCAAUGCGUGAGCGUUUAGAACGUCUUGAGGAAGGUCUUGGAAAUACGGAAAGAGUGAUUCAGCGCACUCGUUCCAGACAUGGAGAUUUAGCGACGGAUUACGAAGACAUGGCCAGUUCCAUCGAAGGGCUUGGCUUUUUGGAAAGUGGCAUCACUGAACCUUUGAACAGGUUUGCCGCGACCAGUAUGGAAUGGGCUCGUUUACAGCGGAACAAUUCCACCAGGUCCACUAACGAGAUGCUAAAUCAUCUUCAUGCUUUGCUCGCAUAUGCUUCUGCACAUCGAAACGUCUUGCGUCUUCGAGAUCAGAAACAGGUUGACUUUGAGGCAUUGACGGAUAUCUUGAGUCAUGAAGUGACUGAACGUGAUCGUUUGGCAAGCUUAAGUAGUCCUUAUGGAGCCGGACAUGGUCAUGGAGGUGUACGUGGAACGGGUCUCGGUGGCUAUUUGCGUGAUCGUGUGGACAGUUUACGUGGUGUUGAUGAAGAAAGAACACGGGUCGAAAGAAUGGCAAGAUUGGAUUCUCGAAUCACUCAAUUGCAAGAAGAAGUUACAACGUCUCAUGAUAUUUCCGUUGCAUUUUCUAAUGAAGUGCAAAAAGAACAUACAACUUUUAAUCUCGUUAAAGAGCAAGAGAUGAAAACUUUGAUGGGCACUUAUGUUGAUGGACAGAUUGAAAUGUAUCAGCGCGGAAUGGACAUUUGGGAUCGUCUGAUUCCCAUUCUCGAACGUAUUCGAGUUGAUUAAUGAAUUGUGUCCAUCUCGCUUCGUUAUCACUCGCACGAUCAAUAUGUACUUAAACACAAACAUAAUGCUAUAUCAUUAGAGAGAGAAGUAAUCAUGAUACUUGGCGUAGUGCUUCCUGAGUAAGCUUGAUCACUUCAUCAAUCUUUGCACGAUCCUCGACUUUUGUUACUAGACAACGUUCGAUGAUCUUCCUUGUUGCCUGACUGUAUGAAUCGUUGUCAGUAGGGAACUUCCAAUUAUUCUGUAAGACUGCCAUUGCCACGCUACCGCCUUGUUCCAUCAUGGUUGGCGUUUCGAAUGGUGAAUAAGAGUACAUCAUGCAAUAAAGUGU